AACAAACCAACCUAAAAGAAAAACUCUUUCUUCUCCAUUUUUAUAGAGAGAAAGUGAAAGGGAGAUAAAAAAAAAAAAAAAGGCGGAGUUCAAAUUCGUUAAGUUGAUGAUGGAGCUUUUGGAUCAUUAACCAUUUAAUUUCUUUCUCUACAAUUUUUUCUUUUAUUUAUGUUUUUUACCUCUGUAUUGAUUACGGUUUUAUGUUGUUUGUGUGGGCAGAAACGGUAAAGAAGGAAAAGGACUUCACGUUGUUGCAAUCACAAGCUCAAACCAAUAUGUUGUUCAACAAUGAAGGUUAUAAUCAGAGAAAAGGAGGAAGAGAAACGAUCCAACAUCAAUGAGCUGGAGAGAGCCAUCCGACUUCACAAUCAGCUGGAGGCGCGUGACGCGCAGCUUAGAGCGGAAGCUCAGGCUUGCCAAGCGAGAGCCAGUGCCCAGGAAGCCGCAGCCACUUCGCUGCAGGCUCAGCUACAGCAGGCCGUUGGCAUGCGUGGCGGUGUGUGGGCGCAAGAUAGUAUAGUGGAGGAGGAAGGGCUAUUGUGCGCAGUAGGUAACAGAGGAUUAGAGGACGCGGAAUCGGCCUACGUGGAUCCGGAGAGAAUGAGGCAGCCGAGAUGCAAAGGUUGCCGGACAAGGGAAGCGACGGUGGUGAUGUUGCCGUGUCGGCAUCUAAGUAUCUGCCCGGAAUGUGACCGGACAGCUCUAGCCUGCCCGUUGUGUCUCACGCUGCGGAAUUCAAGCGUUGAAGCUAUCCUUUGUCAAAUGGGCCCAAUUAAAAGCCCGUUAGUUUGUCAAUUCUAAAACACACAUUUUUCAUUCAAAUUAAGGAAUAUGAACUCCAAAACAACACAGUUUACCCA